AUGGAGAAGAAGAGGGUGGCCAUCGUCGGAGCCGGCGUGAGCGGGCUGACGGCGUGCAAGCACCUGCUGGAGCGCGGCUGCCGUCCGGCCAUCUUCGAGGCGGACAAGCUCCUGGGCGGCGUGUGGGCGCGCGCCCCGGACUGCACGUCGCUGCAGUCAGAGCGGCCCAUGUACCAGUUCUCCGACUUCCCGUGGCCGGAGUCCGUGAGAGAGGUCUUCCCGGACCAUCGACAGGUCGCCGACUACCUCGACGCCUACACCCGCCACUUCGGCGUGCUCGACUGCGUCAGGUUCGGGCACCGGGUGGUCGGGAUGGAGUAUGUCGGCGUCGGCGAGGAGAAGGUGGUGGAGUGGGAGGAGUGGGCCGGGUGCGGCGAGGCGUUUGGUUCUCCGACGGUGAGUGGCGUCUCACUGUGGCCGACGCCGAGGGCAACAUCGAGACACACGUGGCAGACUUUGUGGUUCUUUGCAUUGGGCGGUUUAGUGGUGUGCCCAACAUACCCACUUUCCCUCCAGGCAAAGGUCCAGAAGCAUUUGAUGGGCAGGUGA